UAACAGAUAGUACGUUUCGCUCUAUGAUAUAGAUUGUCAUCGAAUUAAGUAGUUUUUUAAAGUUUUGUUCUUAAUAACAUUGUCGCAGAUAUUGAUUUCAUAAAAAAAUUAAUUAAAAAUUGAACGUGAAUUAUUUGAAUUUGUAAAAGAUGGAAAAUAACAAGCGAUUCAAUCCAUAUGUCAGUGUUGAUGCUAAAGAAGAAAUAGUUAUCUCUGGUAUUGCCGGAAGAUUUCCUAAUUGUGACAAUAUAAAAGAAUUUCAGGAUAAUAUUUUCAAUAAAAUGGAUCUUGGUUCGAGCGAUCAUCAACGCUGGACUAACUAUAUCUAUGAAAUGCCUGCUCGAAUAGGAAAAAUAAACAAUAUACAAAAAUUUGACUCGGAAUUCUUUAACAUAUCGACCGAAGAAGCUCAUGUACUUGAUCCUGGAUGCAGAAUGUUACUUGAGCAUACCUAUGAAGCAAUUAUUGAUGCGGGUGUAAAUCCCGCAGAACUGCAAGGAACAAAUACGAGCGUUAUCACAGCAAUAAGUGUUUCUGAUUCAUAUAUAGAUUUGAUUUACGAAAAACCUCAAAUUGCUGGAUUACCCAUUCUUGGAUGCUCUAAGAAUAUGAUAGGAAGCAGAAUUUCUUAUUGGCUCGGCGUUACAGGACCAACAUAUAACAUCGAUACUGCUUGCAGCUCGAGUCAUUUCGCAAUGGUGGAAGCUUACAGGAUGAUUCGAUCUGGCAUUUGCGAAGCGGCUAUUGUCGCUAGCAUAAAUUUGUGCAUCCAUCCUUUUAUCACUCAUCAGUUUUUUUGCCUGGGAGUUCUAUCUACUGAUGGUUAUUGUAAACCUUACGAUGAAGAAGGUAGUGGUUACAUGCGUAGUGAUUCAGCUGCAGUAUUGUACCUACAAAAAGCAAAAAAUGCAAGAAGAAUUUAUGCGACUUUUGUCUAUGGAAAAACCAACUGCGAUGGUUUUAAAGAAGAAGGAAUUACCUUUCCAUCAUUUGACAAACAAAAAAUGUUAUUGGAAGAAUUUUACGAAGAUUGCGAUAUUUCGCCUCUUGAGUUAUUUUACAUAGAGGCUCAUGCAACUGGUACUCUAGCGGGCGAUCCUGUGGAACUUCGAGCCAUAGAUGAAGCUUUAUGCGCUAAAAGACAGCUACCUUUGUUAUUGGGUUCAAUAAAGUCGAAUAUUGGACAUUCAGAAGCUACUAGCGGUCAUUGUCAAAUUGCAAAGAUUUUAAUAGCGAUGGAAACUGGUAUACUAGCACCUACUAUACAUUUUAAACGUCCACGAAAGAAUAUGCCUGCUAUCAUUGAAGGAAGAGUAAAAAUAAUCACUGAACCGACAGAAUAUAAGGAUGGUUAUAUCGGUAUUAAUUCCUUCGGAUUUGGCGGUGCUAAUUGCCACAUAUUACUGAAACCAAAUCCAAAAAUUAAAAUCAACAAUGAAGCAGACAAUAAUUUACCUAGACUUGUAGCUAUUUCUGGAUGUACGGAGGAAGCGGUUAAAAUUAUAUUAGAUGACGUACAGAGUCGGUCGAUAGAUGUAGAAUAUAUCUCUCUGCUACAUCGUAUUCAUAAUGACAAUAUAAAAGGACAUUCUUACAGAGGAUACAUUAUUGCUGGAUCUAACAUAUCCGAUAAUGCAAUAAUUAAAAUAGAACGCAACGUACGUACGAAAAGACCGAUUUGUUUCAUAUUUUCGGGACUUGGAUCUCAGUGUUUUAACAUGGGUAAUCGAGCUUUAAUGAAAUUUCCAGCAUUUAUUAAAGCGAUCCAGAAAUGCGACACAAUUUUAAGACCUUACAAUAUAUCGGUGACAGAUAUAAUAAUAAAUAAAAACAAAGAUAUUGUCGACAAUGUAGUCCAUUUAUUCGUAGGCCUUAUUGGGUUACAGAUCGGAAUAAUUGAUCUUUUAACAAGCAUUGGUAUCACUCCUGAUAUUAUAAUGGGUCAUUCCAUUGGCGAAUUAAUCUGUGGAUAUGUCGAUGGAUGCUUGACGGCUGAUGAAACAAUCAUGUUGGCAUAUUAUGUCGGCUUAGCAUUUUUUAAGUCAAAAAUAAUAGAUGGCUUAAUGGCUGAAAUUAAUCUCAAUUUCGAAAUUAUGAAAAAUAUCUGUCCAUCGGAUAUUGAUGUAGCUUGUUACAAUAAUUUACAUAAUUCUAUUGUAAGUGGACCAAAGAACUCUGUAAGAACAUUUCUCGCCAAGUUACAGAAUGAAAAUAUUUCUGUAAAAGAAAUUUCAUUCGGAAGUAUACCUUUUCAUAGUCGUUACGUCGAGCCGGCAAGAGUUAAACUUUUGGAAUACUUGAAUCAAAUAUUGCCGCAACAGGUGUCUCCAAGUUCAAAAUGGUUGAGUGUGAAUGAAUCUUAUGAAUGGUUCAAUACAUCUCCAAAAUUAAGUCUAGCAAAUUAUUAUGCACACCAUCUGCUAGCUCCAGUAUUAUUCUCAAAAAGUCUGCGCUUUAUUCCAAACAAUGCAGUGACAAUUGAGAUAGCAUCGCACAACAUUCUACAAUAUAUUCUUAAUGAUUCCUUAGAAACAACAGUGACAAAUGUCGCGUUAGAACAAUUUUCUCACAAACCAAAUAUUGAAACAUUUUUGCAUGGAAUUGGAAAACUUUAUAAUGCAGGAUUACAGCCAAAAAUCGCAAAUUUAUAUCCGGAAGUUAAAUUUCCUGUAAGUCGUGGUACACCAAUGAUUUCUCAUCUUAUACGAUGGGAUCAUUCCAAAGAUUGGUAUAUAUUUCGUUAUACUGGGAAAAAAACAAUUGACAAAGGGGAAGUAAUUGUUACUAUUGAUGUUUCCGACGAAGAAUUUAUAUAUAUGACUGGACAUGUCAUUAAUGGAAAAAAUUUAUUACCUGCGACGGGUUAUCUUUUACUUAUAUGGCAAAUGGUUGGCUGGUUAAAAAAACAAUGUUAUAUCGAUAUACCAAUUGUAUUUGAAGAUGUCAAUUUUCUACGUUCUACAAUAUUACCAAAACAAAGUUCGAUCGAUUUAACUCUUAUGAUGCAAAAGGGUAGUAACAAAUUCGAAAUAAUUGAAGGAAACAAUACUGUCGUUACUGGAACAGUACGAAUUCCAAUUAAUAUUGAAGACGAGAAAAUAUGUACUACAUUUAUUGAUCGAAAUGACAAUGAUGAAGAGGUGAUGAGUACGAAAGAUAUCUAUAAAGAAUUGAAGCUUCGUGGUUAUCAAUAUACCGGCGAAUUUCGUGGACUAAAAAGCGCGUCAAUUAGGGGAAAGAAUGGUCACAUUGUCUGGACUGACAACUGGGUAACAUUUAUGGAUAACAUGUUACAGAUGAUGAUUUUAGGACUGAAUUCCAGAAGUCUUGUUGUACCAACAAGAAUUCGUAAAGUAGUAAUUGAUCCAGAAUCUCAUAUAAAACAAAUCGAAAAGCUUCCAAAUGAAGAGAAACAAGUUCUUGUACAAAAUUAUAAGCAUUUAGAUGCUUUAAUAUCCGGAGGAAUUGAAAUAAGCGGCAUUUUGGCUACAGUUAUAUCUCGCCAACAAAGAGCAAUUGAUCCCGUUCUUGAAGAGUACAAGUUUGUCGCUCAUCAAGAUUUAGAUGUAAUGUCCUUAGAGGAUACAACAAGAAUGUCCGUGCACAUUGCGCUCGAGUGUUACAAUAUGAUAAAUGUAAAAAUCAUGGAAUUUGUAGAGGAUAGCGAUCAAGUGAUGCCGGAGAAUUUGAAUUGUUUAUUUGUGAAUAAAGUUCUGGAAAAUUUAGCGCAAAUUCAACCCGAUAUCAAACUGGUAGCAACACACGAGCGAUUCAAAGAUAUCACUUUGUCUGACAAUAUUUCUACAAUAGAAUUUGAUAAACUGACAAAAAGUGAAAAUUGUUUGAUGAUUAUAGGUUACGAAAUUUUAACAAAAAAUAAACACGAAUUAUAUGAACGAUUAUUAUCUGUCAUAAUGCCAAAGGGAUUUCUUCUAACAUUCGAAGAGUUGGAUGCUAUCUACGACUACUCAUGUCUGGAUAAGUAUGGAUUAAAAGUAAUUUUGGAGAAACGCACCAACGACAAGACAAUUAUAUUAUUAAGAAAAAUACAUGAUAUUGAAAGGAGUCAACAGAUUGUGCAUAUAAAUAAUUAUGAAUUCUCAUGGAUAGACAGGCUUAAAUCAUUCAUGAACAUUGAAAAUGAAACUAGGAGAAUUAUAGUCGUCGCAGAAGGGGACUUUGAAUGCGGACUAAUCGGCCUUGUAAAUUGUUUGCGAAAAGAACCGGGCGGUAAAAUGAUUAGAGGUGUAUUUAUUCAAGAUAAAGAUGCACCUACUUUUUCAUUGCAAGAACCGUUAUAUAUGAGCCAGCUACAAUUGGAUUUACCCAUCAAUGUUAUACGUUCCGGAAGCAUUUGGGGUUCUUGCAGACAUUUUCCAUUACCAUUACCCCAACCAAAACUCGUAAAGAGUGCUUAUGUUUCUCAAAUGGUGCGAGGUGAUCUCAGCACUUUUUGUUGGAUGCAAAGCAUGAUAUCUUUGGUCAACAAUGAUGAAGAAAAUCUGGUAAGAAUAGUCUAUGCGUCUAUUAAUUUUAGAGAUGUUAUGACAGCUAGCGGUAGACUCAUUUCGACUUCCGUCGCAUCUUUUGAACAAAAUAAUAGUUCCUUAAUCGGAAUGGAAUUUGUUGGUUUUAAUAAAAAUGGACAAAGAGUAAUGGGAAUGUGUCCAAAUGGCGAAUUUACAAAUGUUUACAUAGCUGAUAAAUAUCUCAGUUGGGUCAUACCUGACCAGUGGACGAUGGAAGACGCCGCGACAGUCCCUUGCGUAUAUAGCACGUGCUAUUACGCUUUGUAUUUGAGAGGUAAAAUGAAGAAAAGCGACAAAGUAUUAAUUCAUUUUGGUACAGGAGGCGUUAGGCAAGCAGCAAUUCACCUUGUACUUUACGAAGGUUGCGAAAUAUUUACAAUGGUUGGAAGUAGCGAGAAACGAAAUUUUAUAAGAGAAACAUUUCCCUCUAUUCCCGAGGAUCAUAUUGGAAAUUCUCGAGACACGAGUUUUGAACAAAUGAUUAUCCAGAAGACAAAAGGUCGCGGAGUGGAUAUCGUAUUGAAUUCUUUAGCUGAAGAAAAAUUGCAAACAUCCAUCCGUUGUUUAGCGAAAGGUGGUCGUUUCCUCGAAAUUGGAAAAUUUGAUAUGAUUUUUAAUAAUACUUUAGAAAUAUUUGCAUUCUCAAGAGGCAUUAGUUUCCAUGGUAUAACAUUGGAUAAUUGAAUACAUUGUGCAGAAAAAGAGGAUAAAAUCUUAUUGUAUAAUAUAAUAAUAGAAGGGAUAAAGAAAGGGGCUAUCAAACCGUUAUGCAGAAAAGUCUUUGAAAGGGAUGAAAUAGAAACUGCGUUUAGAUAUAUGGCUGCUGGAAAACAUAUUGGCAAGAUAAUAAUAAAAAUUCGAAAGGAAAAUGAACCCUUGGAUGCGCCUAUACUUGCACAUCCCCGGUACUAUUGCUUGGAACGCAAAUGCUAUAUCGUUUUAGGUGGUCUAGGUGGUUUUGGUUUAGAAUUAAUUGAUUGGUUGAUUCUACGUGGUGCAAAAAAUCUAGUAACCUCGCAAACUGGUAUAAAAAACGGAUAU